AUGAGUUCAAGAAAUGGAUCCAAGGAAAGACAGACCAAGGAGAUUGGUAAAUCCUUAUUCUGGGAGCAUUCAAAGAAUUUACCACCAUUUUUCGCUGAGAAUGUCCUAUUUUUAGAAAUGGAAGUUGAAUGCAAUAAUGUAACCAUAGAAGUUGUUAAUCAAUUGUUGGAAUUAUAUCGAGUAUUUUACCAUCUUAUACAGUAGAUCGGAGUGGAAUACUUUGAAUCGAUUAAAAGCAACAAGUUUUUGAUUUUUAAAAAUAAAACGUAGCAAUUAUUAAUGAGAGGAACAGUUAAUCAAUGCAUGAAUGUUGCUUAUGAAGAGUUGAAACAUGAAACAGCACUUAAGAAGACAUCACAUUCAGAAAAUUAAGAUAAGGUUCCUCCAUUGCCUCCUUCUUCGAAAUAGGCGAUUGUUCAGAAAUCUUAGAAAUAAUAGGAAGUAGAAAAUCAACUCAAAUACAUCAAAGAGCAAGAUCAAAAAUUGUAAGUUAACCAAUUGUUAGAAUAUCAUGGUUAUGAAUCUCAACGCGUUACAAGAAUGCACAAUAAAGCUUUGCAAGAGUAGGAAGAUUCAGUGUAACAACGCUUAUAAAGAAGGAGAAUGCAAUCUGUGAAAAUAAAAGGGUAAAUAGAAUGA